AUGGCUGACGUAGGAUUGGUAAUAUUCAUGGGACUCCUGGUGGCAGGAAUCCAUGGCAAGCAGAAAGCACUGCUGGACAAGCUGUUUACUCAUUACAAGAGUGAAGUGCGGCCAAUCUGUGGAGCGGACGCUCCUAUAGAGGUCAAAGUUGGCAUCGCAAUCAGACAGAUCAUGGAGCUGGAUGAACCCAAACAGAUAUUGACACUCAACGCCUGGAUCCGAUUGAACUGGUAUGACUGUCAGAUGACCUGGAACGCCAGCGAGUACGGGGGCAUCUCACAACUUGUCCUCCCCUAUGCAAAAGUAUGGACCCCGGAUAUUACUCUAUAUGACAAUGCUGGAGACGAGCUUAUUGGCCUGAAGGACUACAGGCCGACCUUCACCUCAGACGGCGCCGCAAGCUACAACUUCCCCACCGUCAUCGAAAGCCUCUGUCCCGUCGACGUCACCUACUUCCCCUUCGAUGGCCAAACAUGCGCCCUUCGGUUCGGUUCCUGGGCCUUCAAUGGCCACCAGAUCAACAUCACCGUUGGCCCCAAGGCAGGGGACAUGUCCGACUACAAGGUCAACACGGAGUGGGAGCUGCUAAGUGUCCCAGGGGUGCGGCACGAGCAGUUCUACAGCUGCUGCCCAGAACCCUACCCUGACGUGACGUUCUACGUCUCUCUGCGACGUAAGCCGUUCUUUUACGUAGUGAACCUGUUGUUCCCCUGUAUACUGAUCUCCGCUGUGGGUCUGCUUGGGUUCCUGCUACCCCCAGACGCCGGGGAGAAGGUGGCGCUUGAAAUCACGGUGUUGCUGUCUCUGUCAGUGUUCAUGCUGCUUGUCGCCCAGUCGUUACCGCCAACGUCGGACAACUUCCCUUACAUAGGAAUCUACUUCUGCGUGGUCCUGCUGCUGGUGACCCUUUCGACGGCCCUCACAGUGACCGUGCUCAACGUGCACUUCAGAGGUCAGCAUGGCGUCCCAGUUCCUCGCUGGAUCAGGAAGAUAUUUCUUGGAACUCUUUCGUGGUUCCUGUGUGUGAAGAAAGAACCAUCAGUGUACCCAGUGACGACAACGGACGUCUACAUCAACGGCCAUAGGAACCAUUUCAACACGUUAAAACAAAAGGGAGUGGCUAAUUUCGAAUCUCUCAAAACUGCUGUGUCCGACCAACAUCAUUUACUGCCCUUGGAAAAAGUGAUGCAAGAACAGCUGUCAGUUCUCAAGGAGAUCAACAAGCGGGACAUCGACAAACAAGAAGCCGAGGUCAUUGAUGAGGAGUGGAAGAAGGUGGCAGUCGUGAUGGACAGAUUGUUCCUUGUCUUAUUCUUCAUUGCAACUAGGCACACUGGACAGGACCUAGGAGUGGCAGACAUCGUGUCACCUACACCCAGGAAAACGCAACAUCUGAGGAAUAUUAUCAUCAAGGUGACGUCAUCAGCUGCAACUGUCAUUCUGUCACUGGACAGUGUCCUAGGAGUGGCAGACAUCGUGUCACCUACACCCAGGAAAACGCUACAUCUGAGGGAUAUUAUCAUCAAGGUGACGUCAUCAGCUGCAACUGUCAUCCUGUCAGUCACUGGACAGUGUCCAGAAGACUGUGUCGGUAGUUUCCAAGGGUGUGUUUUGCCCUCGGUUGGUAGUUCAGGUGGACGACGCAAGACAAAACUCAGGGGUGAAGCUUAA